AUCGCAUCUCUUGACACUGCUUCCGUCCCGUCGCCUCGCCGCCGCGACGAGACGACCCCGCCCCUACAAAUACACCGCCACUUUGGCCGCGUCAGCCGCCGCCACUUCCCAGAUCCCGAUGUCCCGCGCCCAGAUUCCACUCCCUUGUUGCAUCGCUACUCUGUUCCCAGCUCGGGGCCUCUGACGAGGCCCGAGGCGCAGGCGCCAACCUCCCGGCCCGCCCUAGGGUUUGGGGCUGAUCGAUCCGGCUAGGUCUUGGCGGGAGCUGCUCCAAUGGGGGAUCGGGAGGAGGACGAGGAGCUCCAGAUGGCGCUCCGCAUGAGCCUCCAGGGCUCCCCGCCGGCGCAGCCUGAGCCCAAGCGCAGCAAGCCCCCGCCCCCCGCUGCGGAGUCGCCGGAGGCAGAGGCGCGCCGGAAGCAGCGCGAGCUCAUGGCCGCCGCCGCCGAGAAGCGCCGCCGCGGUGCAGCGUCACCGGCCUCCGUCUCGGUGGCGCGGUCUCUUCUGCAGCCAGUGGUGGUGGAGUCAGCCCCCGCCCCGGAGGUCACCAAAGAGCAGGUGGAGGAGCCGGAACAAGCUGGCGUAUCUAUGGAAGAAGCGAAGGAGGUGGAGGAGGAAGAAGAAGAAGAAAAGGGGGAGGAGUUGCCUCCAGAUGUCGCUGAGAAUCUAUGGGCAAUGGUGUUUGGGAGAGGUGUUUCAAAGGCGGUCUUGGCGCAGUGGAGUAAUCAGGGCAUAAGGUUUAGCUCUGAUCCAGAAACAACUAUGGGACUUGUACAACAUGAAGGAGGUCCUUGUGGUGUUUUAGCAACCGUGCAGGCUUAUGUCCUUAAAUAUCUUCUGUUUUUUUCUGAUGACUUGAGUAAUCCAGAGAUCAGUAACCCGCUGUAUACUCUGGGACAAAGACGCUUUUAUCAGAGUUCUUUUGCUGCAGGGGAUGAUUUUUCAUCCCUUACUGAUGAUAGAAAGACAAGAGCAUUGGUUCAUGCUAUGGUGGAGAUUCUUUUUUUAUGUGGAACUGGAAAAAGAGCUGUUGUAGCAUCUGUUGCACGUGCCAAUCGUGGAAAAAUUGAUGCAGCUUUGGAAGAUCUUUCUGUCGAAUCAGCAGUGGAUCUGCAGAAAGUUCUUAAAACAAGUACAUUUACUUCAAGGAAGGAUGCAUUCAACACCCUUUUGGCUAACAUUCCUUUGUUUCAAAGUCGACUGGGAGCCAUGCUAUUUCUUAUUUCUGCUUUGCUUUCACGAGGAUUGGAAGACAUCCAAGCAGACAGGGAUGAUCCAAGCCAGCCAUUGGUCACUGCUCCAUUUGGUCAUGCUUCACAGGAAAUUGUGAAUUUAUUACUCUGUGGAGAGGCUGUUCCAAAUGUAUUUGAUGGCAAGAUGGACCUUGGUGGUGGCAUGUCCUUGAAGGGCAUACCAAACAAUGUUGAAGUUGGUUUUCUUACCCUCCUGGAAUCACUAAAUCUCUGCAAGGUUGGUCAGUACUUGAAGUGCCCAAAGUGGCCGAUAUGGGUUGUGGGAAGUGAAAGUCACUACACAGUCCUUUUUGCCUUGAACCCCAACGUUCAAGAGGAGAAUGAGCUGGAAGAGCGCGAAUCAAAAAUAAGGAGGGCUUUUGAUGCCCAAGAUCAAAGUGGAGGUGGAGGCUUUAUCAGCGUUGAGGGCUUCCAACAAGUCCUCAGGGAUACUGACAUAAAUUUUCCUUCGGAUAAACUCGAGGACCUAUGUAAUGCUGGAAUUAUAGUAUGGAGUGAAUUCUGGCAAGCAUUGCUACAGUUGGAUAAAAGGGCUGGAGGCAUGAAGGAUCCAACUGGUCUUAUGGGCAAGAAGCAAUUCACCAUCUUCCACUUCAAUGGAAUUGCCAAGUCUGUGCCGAAUGGGAAUGCAAGUGCAGGUGGUUCAUGUCCUAUACAGAGACCCAGGUUAUGCAAGCUAAAUGUCACUGUCCCCCCAAGGUGGACUCAAGAUGAGUAUCUGGCUGAUGUUGUAAGCGCAUCAACCAGCAGCAGCAAGGACGACAGUAUUCUUUCUCUAGCUCCCCCAGGUCAGACUAAUCAGCACGCACCAUUGGUGGACUGCAUUAGGACACGGUGGCCACGAGCUGUUUGUAGCUGGGUUGGAGAUGUUCCAAGCAUUGUCUGACACAGUGGAUGUCGUGUGCGCACUAGUCGCUCUAGCUAUGUUGCUCGUAACCUCGUUCUGAAGAAUCUGCUCAGAGCAAGCCACUUGGAGCUUCCUGAUUGUUCAUGCCCUGGAAAAAGGAAUCGCCCAAUUACAUGGUUUGUUCGGUCAAAAUGAGUGAUGUUUUAAAAUGCGUGUUAUUAAUCAAGGGCCUGGAUAUUCUUUUUUUUUUGCUUUUAUUGACAUUAGAUGUACACUUGAUUUAUGGAUAUGUUUUGUGUCUUGGGUUACAUUCUUUUCUGUACACAUAUAGUUUCGUUUGUGUUUAUCAUUUCAUCUGACACAGUGAGUUGUCUAGCCAGAAGCCGGUUGAGUAAACAAGGAUCAAACUUCAACGAUC